UUAUAGCAUUUAAUGGCUGGAAAUUAAUAUUAUUUCAUGAUUAUUUCUUUGAGCAAUAACAAUGUCUUAUGCCUGCCCGAGAUUAGAAUGUAUGUGAGAAGCUUCGAUACCAUGACAAUGGCUGCAGAUGGUCUAUCUUUAGCUCUGGCUUUUUCUUUCUCCUCAGCUUCUUCCACCGCACUUUCGUUAGGGCGUUCCUUUCUUCCUUGCCUCCCAGCUCCGGUUUCCUCACGCAGACGUCGCUCUUUGCGCUGCUCUGCCAGCUCAUCAGACCACCAGGAAUCCCCUCCCCUGCUAAAGUCAGCCAUCAGUGGGUUAACCGAGCUUCUCAGGACCCUUUCCCCUAAGAAAAAAAGGGAUGAUACUGGGCUCCAUGAAGCUCCUUUGGCUAGCAGCGUGGACGAUGUACUUCUAAUUCUUAAUGCAGAUUAUAGUCGUUCUUAUUUUCUCACAGGAAAUUUCACGUCAAACAUUUAUGCUAAAGAUUGCCUAUUUGAGGACCCCACUAUUAAAUUCAUUGGUAAGGAUCAGUAUUCACAGAAUCUCGAAUUGCUUGUGCCUUUUUAUGAUUGCCCUUCGCUUGUUUUGCAGAAAAUUGAGAAGGGCUGUAACAAUGGAACGAACUGCAUUAUUGCAAAAUGGAAAUUAAGGGCAUACUUGAAAUUUCCAUGGAGGCCUUUCAUUUCAAUUCUAGGGACAACAACCUAUGAUUUGAAUGAAGAGUUCAAAAUUGUUAAGCAUUCUGAAAGUUGGAAUAUAUCUCCAUUGGAAGCAAUUGGCCAAAUUUUUACUACUGGUUCUGGACAGGUUGACGAGUAAUGAACUAUUUAAAAUAUAACAUUCUUGGAAGCAAUUGGUCAAAUAUUUACUCCUGCUUGUGGAGAGCUUUCUGAGCAAUGGGCGCGUAGUUAUCAAACCAGAAUUUUGUGAGCGAGUUGAAGGAAGAAUGGAAAGGCCAUUGUGCAGUCAUGAGCUUGCUUAUUAGAUAUUUGGAUAUCACAGGCCCGAAGUUAUAAUUAAAGCUGAAAUGCUUCAGAAAGCUAAUUUAGCAAUUAUUUGUGUUCGGUUGAAUUAUUACGUGCGGAGUCCGGACAGAAGAACCGUCCGAAUUUGCUGCGUAUUUACUGUGUCUUUAUUGAGUUGCAUAUUUGUAAAUACUCAGUUGUGACUUGUGAAUAUUAUUGAAUAUUUUAUGAGUAUUCAUUGAGUAUUUUGUAAGUA